AUGCGAUGUAAUCGCAUGUUUACGAGCAGUAAGUCAGCGGCCGCGCGAGUCGCCGCGGCCGGCGCGGGGCGUGCGGGUGGUGCGGGGUCGGCGGGCGGCGCCGUCGCUAUAAUGCCUUGUUGGCUAGAAUCGCGUGUUUCCUCCCGAGCCGCGCCGCGCCACGCCGCCGGCCGUUACCAAUACCUCGGUGAUACAGGACCGGUCGGCCGCGUCGUGGCGCUAGGACUAGUUUGCGGCGAGCCUAUUCCACGUAGGUACAUACACAGCGAGGCACCUGCCGCAUUACGCCCCACACGGUCACACCGCCGACAGCGCCGCGCCAUACCUUGCCUUAAGAGU